GCCGCAGUGGAGCAGUGACGUGGUGAAGAUCAUCAGCUGCAGUGUUUUCUUCACUUUUUAUUUUUUCUGGACGGAGAAAGAGACAUUUUCUUUCUUCUGUCUGUCUAUGAUUUUGAGGCGCAGAAGCACGGAGGAAGCUCUGGAGCUCUGAGUCUGAUAGUUCUCUCUCUCUCUCUCUCUCUCUCUCUCUCUCUCUGUAUAUGUGUGUGCGUGUGUGCGCGCGCGCUGGACUCGGCUAGCUUGUUAGCCACUCUCUGAAACAUCUCCAAACUAAACUCCGGCUUCACACCUCGCUUUAAUCUUCUCUGAACUGAAAAUUAAAAUGGGGCUGACCAUUUCCAGCGUCUUCUCGAGGCUUUUCGGCAAAAAACAAAUGCGAAUUCUUAUGGUUGGCCUUGAUGCUGCCGGGAAAACGACAAUUCUUUACAAACUUAAACUUGGAGAAAUCGUCACAACGAUUCCAACUAUAGGCUUUAAUGUUGAAACCGUGGAGUACAAGAACAUUUGUUUCACUGUUUGGGAUGUGGGUGGCCAGGAUAAGAUCAGACCUCUAUGGAGGCACUACUUCCAGAACACACAGGGUCUCAUCUUUGUGGUAGACAGCAACGAUCGUGAGCGCGCACAGGAAGCUGCCGAAGAGCUGCAGAAGAUGCUUCAAGAGGAUGAGCUCAGAGACGCAGUUUUGCUGGUGUUCGCAAACAAGCAGGAUUUGCCCAACGCCAUGGCGAUCAGUGAGCUGACGGACAAGCUCGGCCUGCAGACGCUCAGGAGCAGAACUUGGUAUGUUCAGGCGACCUGCGCCACUCAGGGAACAGGUUUGUAUGAAGGACUGGACUGGCUUUCCGAGCAGCUGAGCAAACGUUAAGCUACAUUAAUUGGCUCACAUGAAGGGGGUGUUUUAAAAAAAGGACAUGAUCACAUAACUGACAGACAAUGGAUAUACUCACUUAUAUAUGUAUACACAUUAGCUCAUGGCUAUCAAAUUUGCCCCGAAGCAACUUUAGCUUUUUUUUUUUUUUUUUUUUUUUGAUCGACUGCUUUUAAGUUCUGUUCAUUUCAACAUUUCAGUAAGGUGUGUGUAGCUGUAUGCCUGUUUUAGUUUGAUUUGAAAUAUAUAAGGUGAAUUUCAACACGAAUCAAGUGAUGGGAAUGAGAACCUAUCCUUAAACAUGGGAACAUAUUUAUAUUUAUACAAACAUUUUUUUGCACUCAUUCCAUUUUUAUGUAGCUAAAUUUUGCAUGCAUUUUAAUCUGAGCAGCUUCCUUCAAUAAAUAAUGACUUUAGACCAAA